UGACAGCCCUGCCGACAAUACCUACACCCCCUCCACUCGGAGAUAUAAACGGAUCAGCACCAGUGAACUGUCUUUCUGCGCCGAACGUGGACGGCGGCCAUAAACUCAGACUUGACUGUGCCGGUGUCGUGCUAAACUAAACAAUGGGGAAAGAAAAGCUCCACAUCAACAUCGUCGUGAUCGGCCACGUCGACUCCGGCAAGUCCACCACCACCGGACACCUCAUCUACAAGUGUGGUGGCAUCGACAAGAGGACCAUCGAGAAGUUUGAGAAGGAAGCUGCCGAGAUGGGCAAGGGCUCCUUUAAGUAUGCCUGGGUGCUGGACAAGCUGAAGGCAGAGAGAGAGCGUGGGAUCACCAUUGACAUCUCGCUGUGGAAGUUUGAGACCAGCAAAUACUACGUCACCAUCAUCGAUGCACCUGGACACAGGGAUUUCAUCAAGAACAUGAUCACUGGUACUUCCCAGGCGGACUGCGCCGUGCUGAUUGUCGCGGCCGGCGUGGGUGAGUUCGAGGCCGGCAUCUCCAAGAACGGGCAAACCCGUGAGCACGCCCUGCUGGCCUACACCCUGGGAGUCAAGCAGCUGAUCGUGGGUGUCAACAAGAUGGACUCCACGGAGCCCAACUACAGCCAGAAGCGCUACGAGGAGAUCGUCAAGGAAGUCAGCACCUAUAUCAAAAAGAUCGGCUACAACCCCGACACGGUGGCAUUCGUGCCCAUCUCGGGCUGGAACGGGGACAACAUGCUGGAGGCCAGCCCCAAUAUGACAUGGUUUAAGGGCUGGAAGAUCACACGGAAGGAGGGGAAUGCGUCCGGGACGACGCUCCUGGAGGCCUUAGACGCCAUCCAGCCCCCAUCGCGCCCUACAGACAAACCCCUGCGCCUGCCUCUUCAGGACGUCUACAAGAUUGGAGGGAUCGGGACCGUACCCGUGGGCCGUGUCGAGACGGGGAUGCUGAAACCUGGCAUGGUGGUGACCUUCGCCCCCGUGAACGUGACUACCGAGGUGAAGUCAGUGGAGAUGCACCAUGAGGCUCUGACCGAGGCCCUGCCUGGAGACAAUGUGGGCUUCAAUGUGAAGAACGUCUCCGUCAAGGACAUCCGGCGUGGCAAUGUGGCCGGUGAUAGCAAGAACGACCCACCCCAGGAGGCUGCCAACUUCACCGCACAGGUGAUCAUCCUGAACCACCCUGGUCAGAUCAGUGCAGGCUACGCCCCCGUGCUGGACUGCCAUACCGCCCACAUCGCCUGCAAGUUUGCUGAGCUGAAGGAGAAGAUAGACCGACGCUCGGGGAAGAAGCUGGAGGAUAACCCCAAGUCCCUGAAGUCUGGAGACGCUGCCAUCGUGGACAUGAUCCCUGGGAAGCCCAUGUGUGUGGAGAGCUUCUCUGAGUAUCCCCCACUUGGGCGCUUCGCGGUGCGCGACAUGCGGCAGACGGUGGCAGUCGGGGUGAUCAAGGGCGUGGAGAAGAAAGCUGCGACCACUGGAAAAAUCACCAAGUCCGCCCAGAAAGCACAGAAGGCCAAAUGAACGUUGUGCUGGGCUGCCGACUCCAGGGUCACCCGUGGCAGAACAACGCUCUCCCAACUCUUCUUUCCAGUUGGCCUCCUAAGUUCCAUAGUCAAAGACUGGUUAAUUAUUACAAUGCAUCGUAAAAGUAUCAGGAGGAAAACAACCUAAUAGUAAUAUCGAUAAUGAUGCAGAUUGUGUACCGUUGUAUUUAUGUUUUGUUCACUAAAUUCUUACUACCUAGUUUUAAAUGUGUACUUUUACAUGGGAUCAGCAGCUUGACAAUAGGCAUUGUGUGUGAGAGGCAUCAGCGUGAGAAAACUGGCACCCUCUCCUUCAUGCCUGCAUCUUGUAGUCCAAUUUUCACCUUCUUGCUUUGAGUGUUUGCACAUAUACCAGGUGUUUGUUCGCUGUAAUGAAACUUCAUGCGGUUUUAAACAAUAAUAAAAUGUCAGCCUUUCAGUAGUAAAAGAAAUAAAUGCCGCGUUGUGUUCUAUCUUAAAGGGAAACCUGUUUUCGAAAUCUGUUGCCAUGAGUGCAUGCAUAAAUGACAUCUUGUGCACUUAGCAUUGCUUAAGUCUUUACCUGGCAUUUUAAUUGGCAUUUACUCCUGCUUGCACUUGAACUUGACUUUGGUUCCUGCACCUUAUUGUUGUCUGUGGGCAAAA